CGGCCAUCGACCAGCCAUCGACCAGCCAUCGAUCAAACCCGCUGCUGUUCCUGCAAACUGACCCUGCACAAUGGCAUCGGCCCGGUCCUUCAAGAUUGCACUCGUCCAGCUCAAGGUCACGGCUGAGAAGCAGCUCAACCUGCUUAAUGCCCGGUCCAAGGUCCUCGAGGCCGCCAAGAACGGCGCCCGGCUCGUGGUGCUCCCAGAGUGCUUCAACUCGCCCUACGGCACAUCCUACUUUCCCGAAUACGCCGAGCCCAUCGACGGUCCCUCGGCAAAGUCGCUCUCGGAUAUGGCUCGUGCCGCGAAUGUCUACCUCGUCGGCGGGUCCUUCCCAGAGGCCAAGGACAAGAAGUUCUUCAACACCUGCACUGUCUGGAACCCCAGCGGCGACCUGCUGGCUGUCCAUCGCAAAAUUCAUCUGUUCGACAUUGACGUGCCCGGCAAAAUCCGGUUCCAAGAGUCCGAGACCCUGUCUCCGGGCACUUCCAUGACCCACUUUGAUACCGAGUUUGGCAAGAUCGGCGUCGGCAUCUGCUACGAUAUUCGCUUCCCCGAGCUGGCCAUGAUCGCUGCUCGGAAGGGAUGCAUCGCCAUGAUAUACCCUGGCGCCUUCAACACCACGACCGGUCCGCUUCAUUGGGAGCUCUUGCAGAAAGCCCGUGCGGUCGACAACCAGAUCUACGUCGCUGCAUGCUCGCCUGCCCGGGACACCGAGGCCAGCUAUGUUGCCUGGGGGUACUCGUCCCUUGUCGAUCCAAUGGCCCAGGUUGUGGCUUCGGCCAAGGAGGACGAAGCGAUUGUCUACGGCGAAGUCGAUCUGGGCGUCAUCGAGACGACUCGCCAGAGCAUUCCCGUCACCACACAGCGACGAUUCGAUGUCUAUCCCGACGUGGCCGCCUCUCAUCAUGCCUAAAGGCUCCCAUGCUAUGCUGUACCAUGCCCUGACAUGCUCUGUCUGCUCUAUGGCAUGGGACAGGGUGUCGGGAGCGACAAAAGCGCAUCACCGGCGACCAGAUGUACGGCG